AUGGAUCCCCAGCCACGCAGUUUCAACGGGGUGGACGAGUCACAGCUGCACCUGGUGCAGCACGAGACAUGCAAGCUGGAGAAGGUGGGGGGGCGAGGAGGGGACGACUACGGUGCGUGGAGCCUCUGCACCAAUCACGUGCGGCCAGGUGGCGUCGUGUACUCGUUUGGCAUCGGUGCUGACGUGUCGUUUGACAACGGCAUGGUCAACCGCGGCCAUAAGGUGUUCGGAUUUGACCCCACAGUUCCCCCCGAGCGCGUGCAAGCCAUGUUCAAGGACCACCACAAUCGCGACCAGCCGGCCGCCUUCCAGUUCCGUCAGCUCGGCCUGGCCGGCACGGACGGCAUCGUCACCUUCUUCCACUCCAAGAACCCGCGUGUGCAGUCCAUGACGGCCGUCAAGCCGGAGAAACUUGCCGGCCGGUUCGAGAGCCAGGGUAUGCCGGCGCCGGUGCUGCGAUUGCCGACGUUUAUGUGCGCGAACGGCCACGGAUUCGUGGAUGUGCUGAAAAUGGAUGUGGAGGGCGUGGAGUUUGACGUGUGCGACGCGUGGCUUCGCAUGCGAUCGCCGCUGCCGUUCGGGCAGAUUUUGAUUGAGUUUCACGAUCGCAUGGUAACGGAUGCGAAGGCGCGCAAGGGCGCGUGCCUGCGCGCGCUACAGCGGAACGGGUUUGUGGAGGUGUACGUGAGCGACAACUUUCAAGAAGCCACGUACGCUCGCAUGGCUCCCAAGGGAUGA